AUGUCCUCGACAUCCGACUGCGACUUCGAUGCACGAAGUUGGGGGCUGGACCUCUCCGACGAAGUGAUCAAACUGCUCAACGACAACUUCGAGAAGAUGCUCGAAUUCGUCAAACCUACUUGGGAGAAGGAGAAUAUACCGAUGUGGGAACCUCCCGAGAAUAUUCGGGGUACCUUGUCCCCCGACCGUCUAGAUUUUAUCCGAAAUCUUCGUAUACCGAGUUUCGAGCCUUCGUCAACACCCAGUCUGCUUCUUCAUGAACUAGGUAACUACGCGGAAGACCAGAAUAUGGACCAGCGGAUCCAAGAGUUAUUUAAGAAAGGCUGCUUAACAUGUGUCAUGAACUGUUCAGGUGCCGGCAAAACACGUCAUGCUUUGGAAGCCUUGUGCCACCAGUGGGGCUUCUACUUUUGCCUCAAAGACAAAGAGGGAGAUCUGGGCUCGGGUGACAUGAACAAUAUCAUCCACCGUUUGACUCUUAGGAAGGAAAAAGGCUAUUUCACUUCUCACCUUCCGCGCUACUCAAACGAUGAUGAAUUCGAAAAAUUCAAGGCGAAACUGGAGAAUAAUCAACUGUGUGCACAGAGUUGUUUUAUUCAUGUCAUUAUCGCUCGUAUCCUUUUGUUCAGGCUCUUUAUCACCGCUAUAGUCAAGUCCGGACGAAAAAUUUCUGCCUCUGAUAAGCGCCGAUGGACCCUGCUCCAAAUUCAUCCAGCAUUCCUCGGUUCGAUCAAUGCAGACAUCUUUCUUGAUCUGGCCAGAUAUUUGGAUUCGCCCAAUUAUGCACAGCGAAAAUUAAUUCCAACCAUGACCACGGACGGAUUCGAAGAACUCUGGCAGCAGAUUCUCCAGGCAGUCUCGGAACUUAUCACGGCCCACUCGGACCACCCACCUGACCAGAAAGUCGACAACAAAGCCUACUCUUUUGUUUUAGACGAAGCCCAGCUCGCUGCUGGAAUGCGAAAUGCGUUCCGCUCAGGCGAGCCAAACAGUCGAGGCAUUUAUGAACAGCGUCCUCUUUUAAGGGAGUUCAUCGUCAUUCUCAAUUUUCUGGUGUUGGCCGGUCUUGCUGCUAUUCUCACUGGCACUGGCUUGGAUAUUGAAGUCAUCGAGGACGCUGCACACUCAGUGGCUUACAAGGGGACUCCGAGAUAUUCUAUGUUCAAGACAACUAUCGGAGGAUUUUACGAGGACCCUCGAGCGCACAUCGCAUAUCUCAACAAGUUUGUUCCGCCUGACGUUCUUUCACGAGAAAGUCUCAUCAAGCGUAUGAGCAUAUGGCUCACCGGCCGCUACCGAACUACGGCUUCGGCCAUUUCGUACCUGUUGGAGACGGGUUUCGAGAAUCCCCAUGACGAACUUGACAACUGGAUCAUGUUGAAUACUGGAUUUAUUCCUUCAGACUCGCCAAAUUCUGAGAUACGCCUGCCCCUUAAUAUUGGCGAGCAUCGUAAUACUCUAAUCAAACAAUUGAAGUACAGCAAGAUUGCGAAAAGUGCCUCCACCCGAGAACUGUUUGUCAACACGAUUUUUGAAUCGUUCGUUCGUUCCUCGGCUUUGGACAUUACACGCGCAUCGCAUGUUCUUGUGGAGGCUGGUUUUGCUCGCUUCACCCAAAAGGAGAAGCUAGGGGAAACAUGUCUCUUCGAACCAUUGAUCAUUCUUGCGGCCAUCUGGCAAAUAGAGCAAGCGGAAAACGAACAGGGCAGCGCUCGGAAUGCCUUUGGGGAGUACUUUAUGCGAAAAGUCGAAAGCGCUACAUUAACAAGGCUUGGCUCGCAACAUAAUGGUUUCGAAAGUUAUGUUGCCCUGGUCCUCGCGCGCGCCUUUGGCAACUUUGCGCCGCUCUCAGAUGUUUUCUCUUUCGAUGAGAAGUACAACCCUGUUUGGAUGCGAAAUCGGCGCGCUCGUCUGGUCUCAAUUCAUCGCGAAGACGGUCCUGGUUCAACUGCUCGGGGCAUCUCGGCCGUCAGUGUCGGAGCGAGGAGGCUACUCUCGAGUGGCUCAAUCAUUGCGACCCCCUUCCGCGCCCCGAUAUGCUUCCCUAGUCAGAAUAUGGGACCAGAUGUCAUCCUCAAACUACAACUAGAUGAUGAUGAUGGUUCCUUUGUCUGGGUGGUAGUACAGUGCAAAAACUGGAGUGGAGGGGAAAAAAUUCACGGGGACCCCGCACAGAUUGCAGAGAAAGAGAAAAAAGCAAUCAAAACGGUGACGCCAAGAAAGUUUUUGGAUGUUACAAAAUGGCACCGCCUACAAACAUGUAAAAUGCCCAAAUUUGCGUAA